AUGCCUGAUCCGCUUAAUUCGUCGGAUCUUCGAAGAGCAGAAAACUUCUUAUGUCGUUUAGCGCAAGCCGAAAUGUUUGCUGAGGAAAUUUCCAACCUUACAAGUGGGGAACGAGUCGCGAAAAAUUCGCCACUCAAAUGGUUGAACCCAUUCAUCGAACGAGACAAAAUCCUUCGUGUCGGUGGCCGGUUAAGCGACGCUCCACUGACGACCGAAACCAAACAUCCACUCGUCCUCUCUGCUAAGCAUCCGCUCUCUGCUUUGUUGGCUAGUCAUUAUCAUUUGAAGCUACUGCAUGCAGGUCCACAACUCAUGCUCGCUACUCUCCGCCAGAAGUAUUGGAUUCUGGGCGGAAGAAACUUGGUUAAAUCCGUCUUUCACCAUUGCCACACUUGCUUCAAAAGCAAGCCCACACUAGUCCAACAAAGCACAGCCGAUUUGCCAGCAUCGAGAGUCUCGCCAACCAGACCAUUCUUUGUUUGCGGAGUGGACUACUGCGGUCCAUUUUUUAUAAAGCCACCUGUGAAAAAGCGCGGUCCCACCAAGGCCUAUGUGGCCAUUUUUGUCUGCUUCUCCACCAAGGCAGUUCACAUAGAGUUGGUGAGUGACCUGUCCACCCCAGCGUUUCUAGCUGCACUUCGCCGCUUAGUUGCUCGUAGAGGAAAAAUAUCAGAAUUGAAUUCUGACAACGCCACGGCAUUUAAGGGCGCAUCGAAUGCACUACAUCGCAUCUAUCGCAUGCUGAAGGUCGACGAGGAUGAACGAAGACUCAUAUUCGACUGGUGUGCCGACAACGAAAUUCGUUGGAAAUUUAUUCCGCCCCGCGCACCGCAUUUCGGCGGUCUCUGGGAGGCCGCGAUAAAAUCGGCGAAACUACAUAUGCUGAAGACUAUAGGAAAUGUCAACAUAUCGUACGAGGACAUGCUGACACUAUUGGCACAAGUUGAGAUGUGUCUUAACUCUCGUCCUCUCACCCCGAUGCCGCAGGAUCCGUCCGAUCUGGAGGUCCUUACACCAGGACACUUUCUGAUAGGUGAAAAUAUGCAAUCCGUUCCAGAGGUAGACCUAAUGAGGACUGCAGACAACCGUUUGGAUAACUGGGAAUUAACCCAGAAGAGGUUCCAAGUCAUCUGGUCGCGGUGGUAUCCAGAGUACCCUCAGCAGCUGCAGUCACGUGCUACCAAAGGAUGUAAUCCACCUGUUUCCAUCGAAGAAGGACGGAUAGUCAUCAUCAAGGAGGACAAUGUUCCCUCAGCUAAAUGGCCUCUUGAAAAAAUCACCAAGCUUCAUCCCGGAAAGGAUGGUGUAGUCCGGGUGGUCACCCUGAGGACUGCAUCAGCCAAGGUAGUCGUUCGCGCUGUAUCCAAGAUUGCUCUCCUUCCGGUACUCUCCCAGUCAUCGAGCAUCGAAUAA